GCGGCGGCGGCGAGGAGCAGAGCCUUCAACCUCUCCAGCCGCGGUAGGACGGGGGCGGCCGCCGCGGGUCCGGGGCGGGGACAGCACGCAGCCUCGCGGCGCGCACCCCCGCCCGGCAACGGCCACGACACCCGGGGCGAGCGGGAAAGCGGCGGCGGCGGCAGCGGCGGAGGGGGAAGGAUGCAAGGGAAGAAGCCGGGAGGCUCGUCGGGCGGCGGCCGGAGCGGCGAGCUGCAGGGGGACGAGGCGCAGAGAAACAAGAAGAAAAAAAAGAAGGUGUCUUGCUUCUCCAACAUCAAGAUCUUCCUGGUAUCUGAGUGCGCCUUGAUGUUGGCGCAGGGAACGGUGGGCGCCUACCUGGUGAGCGUGUUGACCACCCUGGAACGCAGGUUCAACCUCCAGAGUGCUGAUGUGGGCGUGAUUGCCAGCAGCUUCGAGAUUGGGAACCUGGCGCUGAUUCUCUUCGUGAGCUACUUCGGAGCACGUGGGCACCGGCCACGCCUUAUUGGCUGCGGCGGCAUCGUCAUGGCCUUGGGCGCACUGCUAUCCGCACUGCCAGAGUUCCUCACCCACCAGUACAAGUACGAGGCUGGCGAGAUCCGCUGGGGCGCAGAGGGCCGCGACGUCUGUGCCUCCAAUGGCUCCAGCAGUGAUGAGGGGCCUGACCCCGACCUUAUCUGCCGUAACCGGACAGCCACCAACAUGAUGUACUUGCUGCUCAUUGGGGCUCAGGUGCUGCUGGGCAUCGGUGCUACCCCCGUGCAGCCCCUGGGGGUCUCCUACAUUGACGACCACGUGCGGAGGAAGGACUCCUCGCUCUAUAUAGGAAUCCUGUUCACGAUGUUGGUAUUUGGACCAGCCUGUGGAUUUAUUCUGGGCUCUUUCUGUACCAAAAUCUAUGUGGAUGCCGUCUUCAUUGACACAAGUAACUUGGACAUCACUCCAGAUGACCCACGCUGGAUUGGAGCCUGGUGGGGCGGCUUUCUGCUCUGCGGUGCCUUGCUCUUCUUCUCGUCCCUCUUGAUGUUUGGGUUCCCACAAUCCCUGCCCCCACACUCAGACCCUGCCAUGGAGAGUGAGCAGGCGAUGCUCCCAGAGAGAGAAUACGAGAGGCCCAAGCCCAGCAAUGGGGUCCUGAGACACCCCCUGGAGCCAGACAGCAGUGCCUCCUGCUUCCAGCAGCUGAGAGUGAUCCCCAAGGUCACCAAGCACCUGCUCUCAAACCCCGUGUUCACCUGUAUCGUCCUGGCUGCCUGCAUGGAGAUUGCCGUGGUGGCCGGCUUCGCUGCCUUCCUGGGCAAGUACCUGGAACAGCAGUUCAACCUCACCACCUCUUCUGCCAACCAGCUGCUCGGGAUGACGGCAAUCCCCUGUGCCUGCCUGGGCAUCUUCCUGGGUGGCCUCUUGGUGAAGAAGCUGAGCCUGUCUGCUCUGGGGGCCAUUCGGAUGGCCAUGCUGGUCAACCUAGUGUCCACGGCCUGCUACGUCUCCUUCCUCUUCCUGGGCUGUGACACAGGCCCUGUUGCUGGGGUCACUGUUCCCUAUGGAAACAACUCAGCGCGUGGCUCGGCCCUUGACCCCUACUCUCUGUGCAACAAGAACUGUGAAUGCCAGACCGAUUCCUUCACCCCAGUGUGUGGGGCCGACGGCAUCACCUACCUGUCGGCCUGCUUCGCUGGCUGCAAUAGCACGAAUCUCACAGGCUGUGCAUGCCUCACCACCGUCCCCCCUGAGAAUGCCACUGUGGUGCCAGGAAAAUGCCCCAGUCCUGGGUGCCAAGAGGCCUUCCUCACCUUCCUCUGUGUGAUGUGUGUGUGCAGCCUGAUCGGGGCCAUGGCCCAAACGCCCUCCGUCAUCAUCCUCAUCAGGACAGUCAGCCCUGAACUCAAGUCUUACGCGUUGGGAGUUCUUUUUCUCCUCCUUCGUUUGUUGGGUUUCAUCCCCCCACCUCUCAUCUUCGGGGCUGGUAUCGACUCCACCUGUCUGUUCUGGAGCACCUUCUGUGGGGAGCAAGGCGCCUGCGUCCUCUACGACAACGUGGUCUACAGAUACCUGUACGUCAGCAUCGCCAUUGCGCUCAAGUCCUUUGCCUUCAUCCUCUACACCACCACGUGGCAGUGCCUGCGGAAAAACUAUAAACGCUACAUCAAAAACCACGAGGGCGGGCUGAGCACCAGUGAGUUCUUUGCCUCUACUCUGACCCUAGACAAUCUGGGGAGGGACCCUGUGCCCGCGCACCAGACACAUAGGACAAAGUUUAUCUAUAACCUGGAGGACCAUGAGUGGUGUGAAAACAUGGAAUCCGUCUUAUAGUGACUACGGGAGGAGGGCUGAACUCUGUGAACGAAGGGUCAUUUUUCUUAAUAAAAAAGAGAGAAAGAAAAAGGAUUUCAAAAACAGACAGACAGACAGACACACACACACACACACACACACACACACAGACACAAAGACCUUUGUCUUAUUCAAAAAAUUCAGAGUCAGUCAGGAUUCAGAAUAAAGAGAGGAUGGGAUGGCCCCGGAGGACACGCACACUGCUGGGCUCUGCUUGGAAGGUACCUCAUGGUUUUUCACGAUGCCAACAGCUACAAGCAACAGGCACUGCCAAAUUCAGGGAACACUUGUGGCCAGCUUGGAGGAUGGACGUUGCUGGAUAUGCACACACAUGCAAAACUUUAAAAGCAUUUUUUUAAAAAAAGAGUCUACUAAAAUCACAAGUUCAAGUUGGAAACAUGGCCAGGAUCAGCACUAGUGACACCCUCUCCCUCCGUCAGGGUGGGGGCGGGGUGCAGGUUGGAGGGGUGGAAGCUCCACUCCUUUCUCCAACUGUCGCAAUAUGGGUCACUGUGUAGACCACUCACCCAGUCUGCGUGUGGUUCAAGUCCCCAGAGUUCUCUGAGAGAUGCUGAUGGGCCAUCCGGACUGGAGUCUGUGGUUGGCACCUCUCACCAGCUCCAUUUCCAUAUCAAGACUGAGGGCCCAAGGGGGAGCUGGGUUGGGCGGGGCAUGUCCCUUCCCAUCUCCUAGCACCUCCUCCCCACUAGCCCCACAGUGCGACCUCAGGAAGCUGUGGGCCUCACCUGGCUAUGACUGACCCGCUCAGAGCCUGUGAGCCCCAACAUAGCCCAAGUCAUUUGCUUACAUUUGCCAAACAUUUUACCAUUUUUUUUCAAAAACAACAAAAAAAUGACAAAGCGUACGAAUUUCCAACUGUUGUAUGUAUAAUCCUCUGAUACUAUUUUUAACUACUUCUUGAGUCUGUGUUAACCCUUCAGUCACUAACAAGGCUUUCACUUUUCUCCUUUUUUUAAUGCACCAAAAAUAUAAAGUGAUUCAAGGGAUGCAAUUAAUCCAUUGUCAUUUUUAAUCCUCAUUCUGAUACCGUGCAGAAAAAUGCACAGCGUGUUCUAAGAAAAAGAUGCCCCAGAAAGAGAGUAAAUGCAGCUUUAAAAGAUGCACAUUUGAGAUCCUGGGAUAACGUGACAAGCUGCAAAUCUGCCUUCUGGCUUUGUUCCCCAUGGUGAUGUCACUGUCAUGGGAAGCACUUUCAUAUUCCUUUUAGCCUGUGGUGAAGGAGACUCGCUCAGAUGUGGGUCUGGGUGGAUGGGAACCUUGCUCCUGGAAACAGGAGAGAGAGGAAGUGUGGUUCCUGUUGAGCAGGCUGUGGUAUCUGUGAUCAUCAACCCACAAGUGCAGAAGUGAUCACGUGUCCAGUGCAUGAACAUGGCAGUGACAGGUCCCAGGUCAAUCCCGAACUCGGUGUGUCAAAAGCAGCUGAACCUCAGAGACCUGCACGGUCAUGUGGGAUAAGAGUCCUGUAGGGGAAUCUCUUGCACCAGCACGCUUAAGACAGUAUGGCCACUGGCUUCAGGGACUGGGUCAGAAGGGAGCACAUACAUGCAUAGCCAAGGGCCCAGUCAGAUCACCCUUCAUGCCUUUUUGUUGGCCUGUGUUGUAGACAUAUCCUGGGAUAGGCCACGAAGGAUGCUUGGUUUUUAUUUUUCACCUUACACAGCCAUUUACAGUUCACUUGAAGCAAUGAAAGAAUAAAGGCCAGAAGAGUAAAGACGAGGGUGUGCCAGAGUUUUUAAGGCACAGUGUAAAUGGGGAGGUCUGGAUGAUAGCCCCAAGUUGGAGGAGGCAUCAAACCAAGAGAACCUAGAGAAUGCUGUGUGGCCGUGUGGCUGUGAUCUGCCGCCUCCUUCAGGGUGGUGCUUCUGAAACAGACCAGCAUUAGCCUAGUCUUGUUCAUGAACACAGGCAGGGUGUUCAUCGAGUCUAUAACUAGGAAAGGGGGAAUGGUUCUCCAAUCAGUUCAUGAAAUGAGUUCUGUUGCUCUGAAGGUGUUGGUCACAUUCCAAACAGGUUUCCGUUCUGUCUUGUUUUGAAAAUGGAUGGCUAAGAGGUUAACUGGCCUCUCUCUGCUGCUGUGUAUCUCUCCAAACUGAGGCCCUGGGAUGUACACUUUGUUUCAUGAGAUUGAUUUGCUUUUUGGAAAAAAAAUAUAAUUUUUAAGCUCUUUG